AUGAGGGCACCUUUGAUUGUUAUAGAGGGCUUAGAUCGAACGGGCAAGUCUACACAGACAGCUAAAUUAUGCCAUCGUCUCAAUGGCUUCUUGGUAAAGUUUCCGAACAGGGAAACUCCAAUUGGAAAACUGUUGAAUCAGUACCUGACAGACGCGAGUAAUCCUAUGCCGUUGGAAGUAGCUCAUUUACUCUUCAGUGCCAACCGUUGGGAAAUGGUCAAAAAUAUUGAGGAUCUACUAAGUAAAGGAACUCCUGUUGUGAUGGACCGGUACGUUUAUAGCGGAGUGGCGUAUUCCAUGGCUAAAGGCCUCGACAUCGAAUGGUGUCUUGCUCCUGAUAAAGGACUACCCAAACCAGACGUUACUAUUUUUCUAAAGGCCAACGAUCUUGAUAGCAUAAGUCAAAGAGAAGGCUUUGGAGAGGAACGAUACGAAGUUGCAAGUCUGCAAACGUCGGUAAGGAACAAUUUUGAAAUUCUACGGUCUCGUUACGAUGAGUGGAAGGUAAUUAUAAUCGAUGGCAAGGAUAUUGAUCAAGUGCAUGAGCACAUAUGGGAACUGGUUUGUCCUUUAACCCGAGGAGUAACUACUGGAUUGAACAGAUUUUAG